AUGUCAAACUAUAUUAAUGCAGCAGUCAAUCAGCACAGGCCGAAUUUAACGAAUUUAUACGUGAAAAAUUUUGGUAAAGAUAUAAAUGAAACAGAACUAUGCCAACUAUUUGGUACUUACGGUAUGAUAACAAGCUGUAAAAUUCAAAUGGAUAAUAAAGGUCAAUCUCGAGGUUUUGGUUUUGUUAAUUUUGAAAGACCAGAAAUGGCACAAAAUGCAAUGAUGAAUUUAAACGGGCAUGUAUUGGAUAGUGGAAAACAGUUGUAUGUAGGAUUUUUUCAAAGUAAACCUGAACGUCAAAAAGAAAUUCAACGUAUUCGCGAAGAAAAUCAUCGUAAACAGUCGAAUAGUCUAACUCUGUAUGUUAGUAAUUUGGAUAGAUCGAUUGAUGAAAAACUACUCGAAGUUAUAUUUAAUAAAUUUGGGAGAAUAACCCAUACACAUCUCUUGAGAUAUGGUAGUCAAUCAAAAGGGAUUGGUUUCAUCUCGUUUAAUACAACCGAAGAAGCGACCAGAGCUUUGAAUGAAAUGAAUGGUAAAUGGGUUCUAUCAAAACCAAUCUAUGUAGCAUUGAGUACAAAUAUUGGUGAUUCACAAUGGAAUACACCUAGAUCGUCGACAUCAUCUAUGUCUGCAACGAAUUCAACGUCUCCUGAUACGCCGGAAAUGCCGUAUCUCAAUAUGCCAACGAUGUUCUACGUACCUACAUUUAUGGUUCCCAGCCGAUCAAAUAAUUAUUCAUUACCGAUAGUUCCUCUCAAUUUACAAGUAACAUCAAAUAGAGAAUAUUCUCCGAGAUCAUCAUCAAUGAUGGCGUCAUCCAUGAAUAACAAUACAAAUUCACAAUUUUAUCGAAAUUUACCUCAAAAUAAUUAA